GUCCCUGCUGCCGCUGCGUGCCCAGGCCCAUCCCGCGCAGAUGGAGUCCCGGUCACAGCGGCGGCGGCGGAGUCGCCAGCUGGUGGCCGCCUUCCUGCACGACCCAGGAUCCGGGCGUGUGUACCGGCGCGGGAAGUUGAUCGGCAAGGGCGCUUUCAGCCGCUGCUACAAGCUCACAGACAUGUCCACCAGCGGGGUGUUCGCCCUCAAGGUGGUGCCGAGGGGCGGGGUGGGGCGGCUGCGCCUGCGCGGAAAGGUGGAGCGUGAAAUCGCCCUGCACAGCCGCCUGCGCCACCGCAACAUCGUGGCCUUCCAUGGGCACUUCGCAGACCGCGACCACGUGUACAUGGUGCUGGAGUACUGCAGCCGUCAGUCCCUGGCUCAUGUGCUAAAAGUGCGACGAACCCUGACGGAGCCUGAGGUGCGCUAUUAUCUUCGGGGUCUGGUCAGCGGCUUGCGCUACCUGCACCAACAACGCAUCGUGCACAGGGAUCUGAAGCCCAGUAAUUUCUUCCUUAGCAAGAACAUGGAGGUGAAGAUCGGAGACCUAGGACUGGCUGCCCGGGUGGGGCCUGCCGGUCACUGCCAUAGGGUGCUCUGCGGGACUCCAAAUUUCCAGGCUCCUGAAGUGGUGUCCCGAAAUGGACACUCCUGCAAGUCUGAUAUCUGGGCUCUGGGCUGCAUCAUGUACACGGUGCUGACCGGCACACCACCCUUUACUGCGGCACCCUUGUCAGAGAUGUACCAAAAUAUCCGUGAUGGCCACUACCCGGAGCCUACUCACCUAUCACCCAACGCUCGAAACCUCAUUUCACGGCUCCUGGCACCCGACCCUGCUGAGCGGCCCAGCCUCGACCAUUUACUCCAAGAUGAUUUCUUUACUCAGGGCUUCACUCCAGAGCGGCUGCCUCCCCAUUCCUGCCACAGCCCACCUGUUUUCGCCUUCCCACCGCCAUUGGGCAGAUUGUUCCGAAAAGUGGGCCAACUCCUGCUGACCCAGUGCCGGCCACCCUGUCCCUUUACCUCUAAAGAGGCUUCAGGCCCUGGAGAAGAAGGGACAGAACUUGACCACAUGGAGUCCAGCAAUGAGGAAGGGGCUCCUCUCUGUGCUGAGAGCCCAGCCCACCUCCUCACACUCGGGACCCUGCAGACAGACCUGGCCGAUCCAAAGGGGAGCUUGGCCCUUCAGGUAGAGGUGGCAACCAGGAAAAUGCACCUAUGUUUGGACUCAGGACCCGUGGCUGCACAGGGUCUCCCAGGGGAGCAGCAGCCUGUCCUCUGGGCUCCCAAGUGGGUGGAUUAUUCCCUCAAGUAUGGCUUUGGCUACCAGCUGUCAGAUGGAGGCAGCGGCGUGCUCUUUCGGGACGGCUCCCACAUGGCCCUGCGCCCCCCAGGAGGCCACGUGUCCUACCAACCUGACCAAGGGACUCUGUGGACCUUCACCCUGAGGGACAUCCCCAGCCCACUGCGGGCCAAGCUGGCUGUCCUGCGGCUCUUUGCCUGCUACAUGCAGAAACGUGUUCGAGAGGAGGGGACCAUGUCCAUGCCUGUGACACCGGCCUCUCCUGACUUCUCUCUGUUGAGCUUUGUUGCUGACUCCCGGGCUCUGGUCAUGCUGUUUAGCAAUGGGACAGUGCAGGUCAGCCUCAGGACAUCCCAAACCCAUUUGGUGCUGAGUGGGGAAGGUGAGCGCGUUCUGCUCACCCUCUGGGAGCCAGGAGGACCCAGCCCCGGUAUCUCCUACUCACUAGAUGUCUUACGGAGUCAUGGCUGCACCCCCACCAUCCAGCAGCUCCUGUGCCAAGGGCUGUACCUGCUGCAGACUGUCAAAUGA